AAACUGAUGUCAUCGUAGUCGAUGGAUCCUUUGCUAACACUAAAACAUGGAAUGGAAACACUGGUAAUGUUGGUCUGACAGUAGCAACACCGUUUUCUUUCUUACGCUCCGGUGCCAUAGCAGUACAUCAUGAUUUAGUGUCAUCAAAAUACACUGAAACCGUCAACGCUGAUUGGAACGGCGAAAAAAUGCUCGACAUGGAUGUUGUUUUUGGAAAAGACACUUCAUACGUAGCUGCAUUAACAAUGCGAGCACCCCGACCAGUUUCAUUUUCAUCUAACGGCGAAUUAACCGACUCUGCCAUCAGAGGAGACGUGAAUAUAAACUGGAACACCGAAAGUCAAGACAGUAACGUUAGAAUGGCAGCAGCUGUAAACGAUAAAAGUGAUAGCUUUACUGAGAGGAAAGAUGUGUCCGUGACAGUCACAUUACCUAGAAAGACGGUUGUUGUUACAGGGUCUCUUACCAGAUCUUCUAUCGCUUUGAGCUCCAGUGGAAACUUAAUUGUUGACGGUGUUACCAAAUACGGAAUUGACUAUGAAACAUCUGAUAGAAACAGACGUAGCAAUAGGGAACAGAGCAAAGCAUUAGCUAUUCGACUUCCAUCCAGGACUCUCAAAACGACUAGUCUGUUUAGCGACAGUUAUGGUAUCAGGACCACCGAGGGCGCCAUUUUCUGGGAUGCAGGCAGAGACGAAACACAGAAAAUAGGAGUUAGAGGCAGUCUGAUUCCUCAAGGAAGAUCAACAAAGGCUGACUUUUCCGUUAGCUUCCCGAGUCUUGGAAAGAACGUCAAGCUCGACUCCGAAGUAACAAUGAACAGCGGGAACAUUAUAUUUGAUGGUAAGACUGAAUUCAGCUACUCUGGUGAUGCUAACAAGAACCUUGUGAUCCAUUCACGCGUGGAAGACCUUUCGUCAGGCUUCAGAAAGAACUAUAGCUUCGUCGUUGGUGUUACUCAUCCUGCGACCACCAUUGAUGUCCAACUGACGUCCAACCUCGGUCGUGUUGACAACAAAUACUCCGCCGACAUGGGCUUCCAGUACCUAACUGCUAACCGUAAUAGGAAGAACUUUGCCCUGAUGGGAGAAAUUGAUAACAUGAGGAAUCAAAUGAAAUUCGAGAUGGUGUCUCCUAUCAAAUCCGUAAAAGUGUCAGGACAAGUCAGUACCAGUGUUCCCUACAGACUUUCUAUCCAUAAUCUGUAUGAUGAAAGACCAGUAGAUGCAGAGUUGAUAAUUGAUCCUAGCAAACUGAGCAUGGGUUUCCAUAUGAAUUACGACAUUGACAACCAAGGCAAAGUGCUCCACGCUGAGGCGAAAUAUGUGAACAAUAGCGCGAUCAGAGCUGAGAUAUACCGAGAGGAAAACACACAAAGGAUCACCGACAGCCUAUUUGCCAUGCGGCUAAACACAUCCAGAAUGCUUCACACGAGAUUGCACUGGCGCCCAACCCUUGUUCAGGAUCUGAAGACAUAUGGACUCCGACGAAUGGUCCGUAACAGCAGAGACUUCGUGGAGCUCUAUAAUGAAAUAUCAUCUGGAAUUAAUGAGGAAGUGAACUCCAAAUACAACAGCAUCAGGUCUUCCGUCCUGGAAGAACUUGCGCCAUACUUCCAGUUAGCCGCCAACAAUAUUAGAGGAAUGCAACGAGAAGUAACAUCUCUGAGAGGAACUGUUGACUGUGAUAUGUUGAACAGUCGUAUAUGUAUUGACGAAUUAUCGGAUUAUAUCACGACAGUCGUUAUGGAAUUCCAAAAUCUAGCCAGUUGGAUGGAAACUGCGGCCUCUUCACGUGUGUCAUACCCGAUGAAGGAUUCCGUGGACGAGUACAUUGUUGGUGGAAGUGAACUACUGCAGGCGAUUGGACAGGAAUCAAGAAGGAACUUUGCUACCAUGAUGAAUUCAUUGGAUGUGAAACUUGGGGAACUUUCGACAACUGCCCUCCUGACAUUCAAAACCUACCACGACCAUAUGACCAAUGCUAUUGCCCAACCGUUGAACACGGAUACUCUGCGUCUGGCAAAAGCUAAAUACAACGCCUAUGUCUCAAAGGUCACUAACCAAUUGCCAUCUAUCAACGACUUAGCUCAGCGAUACACGUCCACCCUGUACAAUGGGAGAGAACAGAUAAACUCCGCCCUGUACGGACUGUUGGACCGACCGGAAGUAGACUUCAUUCAAUCCAAAGCUGCUGCCGCUUACAAAUUCUGGGAAGUUGAAGAGAAUACCAAGGCCGCACUCGCAAGUGUGCACGAUCAUGUCAUGGAAAUAAUUGAGGAUGAAAUUGAAGCGCUGAAAGCUGUCAUCACUGACCUUGAGAAGACAAAGAUAACUGUGUUCGACCCUGUAAAUGGCGAAGCUCAAACUGACACUUACCUCGUUGUACCCAUGAAAUCUCUGAAAACUCUACCAGGCAUUGACGUCAUCCAACACUACAACAACAUUCGGUCGUAUGUGCCCGACAUCAGUGAAUUGAGAUCCAUCUACGAUUAUAUACCAUCCUCAGAUUUCAGCACCUGGAUGCCACCUUUUGAUGCUUUCGGAACCGUAGAGGGCAACACAUUCACAACAUUUGACGGGAAAACGUACCAGUUCAACGGCAGGUGUAGCUACGUGCUGGCUGGUGACUAUAUGGAUGGUAACUUCUCCAUCGUCCUCGACUACAUGGGGAAACAGAAGAGAAGGGUUAUCAUAACCACUACCAAACACGCUGUACAACUCCUACCAAAGAACAAGUUAAGAGUGGAUGGAGCCAUUGUGGAAAUGCCAUAUCACGACGAGGACAUAACCGUCGUCAAUGAGGGCGAUGACGUCACAGUGAGUGGACAUGGAUUCACCCUCCGACAUAGCGUGCCAAGUGAUGUGUACGAGAUCGGACUGAGUGGUUGGUACUAUGGAAAGACAGGAGGACUGCUGGGAACCUACGACAACGAACGUCACAACGACAUGAUGAUGCCCUCGCGACAACUCGCUAAUGACGUCACGUCUUUCGCGGAUACCUGGGAAGUCAAUGACAGAUGUCGUUAAAACAUUGGACAUUGAGUAACUAAUGAAAUGUUAAGGUGUGAUAAUUGGAAAUAAUUUAUUUGACAUAAGUUUGAAAUUAUUUGAAUUGAAUAAAAAAUUAUUAGCAUGCAA